AUGCUUGAGUGUCUCAAAGGGCCUGCCAGUCACUUGAAGUGGGGGUUUAUUCCCACCAGAAGAAUUGUGGAUGAGGACCUUCCUGAAGAGGUUGCAGCCAAGGAACCCGAUGUCGUGGGGCUCCAGGAGGACGAUUACGAGAAAGAAGCGACUCUGGAGGACGAGGAGGACUUGGAGUAUCGUGACGAAGCCAACAGACCCUGGUGGAAAUUCUUCGAUGAGUACGAGUACAGAUUGAACAAGAAGGCUAGACUGCUGCACAAGUGGUACAAGUGGUUUGAUGAGAACGACACUCCAGCUGAAAGAAAGCUCAUGUGGAAAAUCGACAUUUUGUUGACAUUCUACUCCAUGCUUGCCUACUGGGUGAAGAACUUGGAUCAGUCGAAUAUCAAUAACGCCUAUACUGCCGGUCUCAAGGAAGACAUUGGCAUGGAAGGAAAUGACUUGGUGAACACGCAGGUGCUUUUCAACGUGGGAAACAUCAUUUUUCAGAUUCCAUUCAUGUUCUGCUUAAACAGUCUUCCAUUGAACUUUGUUCUUCCUGGACUCGAACUCCUUUGGUCUAUUCUCACGGUGCUCACAUACAAGGUCGAGAAUGUUGCCCAGCUCAAGGCCAUCAGAUUCUUUGUGGGCUCCCUCGAGGCACCAGCAUACCUCGCUUUUCAAUACUUAUUCGGAACUUUCAUUUAUAACCCUUCGAUGAUCGCCAGAAGAUCCAUGGUCUACUACUUUGGCCAGUACAUUGGUAUCAUGACCUCUGGCUUGAUCUCGGGUGGUAUUGUGAACAAUUUUGAAGGUGUUCAUGGUCUUGCGGCUUGGAGAUGGAUCUUUAUCAUCGAUGGUAUCAUUUCCAUCGUGGUGGCUCUCCUUGGGUUCUAUAUGCUUCCUGGUACGCCCACUGACUGCUACUCUAUCUUCUUAACAGACGACGAAAUCCGCUUGCUUCGUCGUAAUCUCAAGAAAAACCACACGGGAGGCAGACCUAAGGUCAAUCUUUGGCAGUCCUUCUGCUCUAAAGAUGUGUGGAAGAGAAUUUUCUUCUCCUGGGAAAUCUACGUUUUAACGAUCUGGAACUUCCUUUGCUGGAACAACAACAACGGUUCAUCUGGUGCUUACAUUUUGUGGCUUAAGAGUCUUGGUAUCUACACCCACGGAGAAGUUCAAUUCAAGAGUGCCUUGACACCUGGUCUUGGUAUAGUGUGGUUGUUCGUUGUUUGCAUGUACGCCGAUCUCUUCCAACUGAGGUGGCUGGCUAUCGUUCUAUCUCAAGUCUUCAAUUUCCUAGGAAACGUUCUUCUUGCUGUAUGGGACAUUCCGAGAGGAGGCAAAUGGUUUGCCUGGUGUCUCCAAUACUUUGGUUGGGCCAUGGCUCCCGUUCUAUAUUCUUGGAUGAACGAUAUUUGCAGAAGAGACGCUCAAAGAAGAGCAGUCACCUUAGUGGUGAUGAACAUGUUUGCACAAGCAUCUACUGCGUGGAUGGCUGUGAUUGUCUGGAAGACCGUGGAAGCACCUCGUUUCCUCAAGGGUUAUUCAUUUACAGCAGCUUGUGCCUUUGGCUUGAGCAUAUGGACAUUUGUGGUUCUUUAUUUCUACAAAAGGCAGGAGAAAGGUUUUGCCCGCCAGAACGGUAUCGCUCUUUACAAUUCAAAGACAGACCCUGACUCUGUUCCAGAAAGCGAGUCAGAGGCAUCUGUUACAAAAGUCAGGGAACCAACCCUGCCUAAAGGUAAGGCUGAGGAGGCGUCGAACACCUAA